AUGCAGGAUUUUCUUUUCACAGAUACUCCCCCAGAGACUCUUGUAGCUGGUGAGGAAGGUCAGGAAGAAGUGGGUAGUGGAAACACUGCUAAGGAUGUUGGCGGCUUGUUUUUGAUGGAUGUUGCAAUGAUGUUACGUCCAGCUGAUGCCAUAUCCUGUUUACCUCCAGUUCUUCAGGCUAUGAAAGCACAAGGAAUAAAUAUCAGCAAGGAUAGUGUAGCAAGCCUCCAGGCAAGACUUGGUGAACACCUGACUGAAGAUGUUGUAAACUUGCUGAAUGAUUUGUCAUCUGGGGAACUCACUCUCCAGCCCAUAACAAGGGACUCAAAGCCAUUGAGCCAGUAUAGUGUAGCAGAUCUGGAGCACCGACUCUUAGAACUUGAAAUAAAAAAUCAACCACGCUCAGCUUUGCUUGGUCAGCUUCUUGCUUUGUAUUGCCGUAUAAAGAAUGUUGAAAAAGCAGAAGAAACCAUGAAGAAAUUGGAGGCAUUAGAGUAUCCCAUCACCCCAGGUCAACAUGUUCUCCUUAUUGAAAUGUAUGUUAAUGAUGGGCAACUGGAAAAGGCCCUCAAUAUUUAUGAGUUCCUGCUACAAAAGGAACCAGAUAUAAAAAUGAUUCCUCCCAAGGUUCUUAAGCUAGCUGGUGCAAUGAUUUCAAAAGGAAUGAUUGAAGAAACUUUCAAGUUGUUAGACAACAAUGCUCCAGAAAGUAGCAGUGAAGAGAUUGAUGAUGCGACUGGAGCAUUCAUGGGUGGUUCAUUCCUCAAUAAUGCCAUUGGGAAAGAUGGUGUCACCACUGAUGUUAUACAACAAUUGUUCGAUAAGCUUAUUGAAAAGAAUUACAUGAAACCUGUUGCUUUAGCUUGUGGAGCCCUAAUUAAGGUUCACUUGGCCAAUGAUGACUUGCCUGCUGCUAUGGAUGCUUUUGAAAAAGUCUGCAAAGAAUACAAAAUUACUGCAGUGAAACAUGAAUUGACAUUGGCAUGUAUAAAACUGGAGGAUACUGAAAAGCUUCAAAAGAUUAUGGAUCUAUCCAUUUCUAUUCAUGGUGAGAUGAAUAGUUUGUAUGACCUGGUAUUUGCAUUCAUUGAGUGUGGCAAAGUCAGACAGGCCAAGAAAAUUUUAGAGACACCUGGACUAAGAGCUCGCCAUCAAAGACUAGAAAACCGUUGCAAGAGGCUUCUGGAGGAAAACAGGUUAACUGAACUGGAGCAGCUUGUGGCAAUAACAAAAGAUGUCUUCGACAUUGAUCGAAACAGGAUGUUUAUGUACCUUUUUGAAGGUUACAGGCGUAAAAAUGAUUGUGACAAAGCCCUUGGUGUGUGGACAACUAUGCAAGAGGAGAAUAUCGAGCCUAGUGAGUCUUUUCUCUGGGAGUUAGGGCAGUUGUUGACCAAACAUGAACGGGAAGUACCUUUUGUGAUACCUGCUGCUCCUCCAGCCAGUGCUGCACCAACAAAAGCACCUGUUCCAGCUCCAGCAACAGAACCUGUGGUCAGCUCCACAUCCACUUACAAGCAGGCUCUCGGAGAUAAAGACUUGAAUGCCGCAUUACAAGAAAAAAGAAGACUAGAAAGAUCUGGUACAAAGUUAUCAGUCACUAAUGAGUCCAAGUUAAUUGAGGGUUUCCUUCAAGAAUCAAGAUUGUCAGAAGCUACUAAACUAGCAAGAGAGAUGGCAGUUGCUGGACAACUCCCGCUGGCAAGAGUCAUGAAAUACCUUCUAAACAAACUAAGUGCUGCAGGAGAUGUUGAUUCAGUUAGUUUCUUUGACCAGUACCUUGAUGAGAACCAAAGGAGAAACAUGUCAUACAAUAAUAGGUUGUGUAAUGCCUACAUGAAUGCUGGACGUGCAGAGGAGUUUCUUGAAGAAUUAUCUGCCUUAGCUGAUAAAACUGAUGUCAAUGUUGUCAAUAUAAAGGCCAAAUUCCCAGCUGGUGGUAUAAUGGGCAUUCUUCAACACAAGGCAGAGCUUUUGCCCAAAGUAUCUGCAUUAGUUGAAAAAUAUGCAAAUAUUGGAAUCAUCACUCCAGCUAAUUGCUUAUGGAUGCAUUACUUCAAAGAAGAACAAUUCACAGAAGCCAAAGAGAAGUUAGAGAGGGAUAGGGUUAGACGUCUGAAAGGUGUGAGUACAAGGCCUAUUGAGCCUUUUAUUGAUCCUUAUUCUAAUCCUGAUGAUUUGGAUUCUCCCUAUUUGUCUAAUUCACAAGCUUUGCUUUCGGAAUCGGCCUCGGAAAUCGCCGAUCUGAAAGCUAUAAUUCGGCAGAUGAAGUCCAAAAUGGCGGACUUACAAGGUAAGGCUAGUGAAAGUGAGCAUUACAGUGAAGAGGCAAGGAAGAAUCGUCAAAAUGUCAGUAGCAGUAGCAGCAGCAGCAGCAGCAGUAGUAGUGAUAAUGAAGGAAAGCCCUGA